GGUGUUCAGCGCAGACUCGGACGCGGCGGCACAGGCUCGGCGUCCGUCUUCCCGCUCCAGUUUUCAUGUCAUUUACUCCCUUUUGAGGCACUCAGCGGGCGUGGGAGGCGAGGGCGGGCCAGGGAGAGGUGUGGGCGGUGUAUGGGCGGCCGCUCCUCCAGAAUGGCGGCUCCUGUGGUGGUGAACGCGACUGCUAAACAUACAGCUACUGUUAUCUUCCUUCAUGGCCUGGGAGACACUGGGCAUGGGUGGGCCAGUGCUAUGGCGGCCAUCGGCUCCCCUCACAUCAAAUUCAUCUGUCCCACUGCUCAAGUGAUGGCAGUGACCUUGAAUGCUGGCUUCAGGAUGCCUUCAUGGUUUGACCUCAAGUCCCUGGAUGUGGAUGGACCUGAGGACAGCAGCGGCAUCAAGCGUGCCCGGGACAGCAUCCACACCCUGAUAGAGGAGGAGGUGCGGUCCGGCAUCCCCCACGAGCGCAUCUUGCUGGGGGGCUUCAGUCAGGGGGGAGCACUGGCCCUCUACUCCACCUUCACCCACUCCAAGAGCCUGGCGGGGGUGGUGGGCCUCUCCUGCUGGCUGCCUCUCAGGGAUGAGUUCCCACAGGCUGCCAUUGGUAACACGGGUGCCCCCAUCCUGCAGUGCCACGGUGACUGUGAUCCCAUAGUACCUUACAAGUUUGGCCAGAUUACCAGCCAAAUCAUCAAGAAGUUUGCCGGCAACAUAGAGUUCAAGACGUACCGAGGGAUGAUGCAUUCGUCCUGUGAUGAGGAGAUGGCUGACAUUAGAAAGUUCAUCUCCCAGCACUUGCCACCUGUGUAGAGAGGCGCUGCCACAGCAGGGACGGCAGAAAUGGAAUACAUUGCAUUCAGCCUCCAGUCAUCUGCUUGCCUGACAGAGAGAAGUCCCUUGUAGGAUCUUUACUGUAACAGUACCUUCAGCUUUGGGUGCACUGUAGGAUUUAUCUUGUUUAGCUUUUGGAGGUCUAUACAAUUCUAUGCUUCAGUAUUUAUAGCUUCUUAAGUUCAUUGAGAUGAAAGUUCACAUUUGAUUAUGGUAACUUCCUUCACUCUUACAGUUUUCAGAAAGCAGUGCUGGAUCUAGUGAUUACUUUUCAUAAAUACUACUAUUUUAAUUUGUUUAAGUCUUGUUCAUUCAGAAUACAAAGGGAUAAUUUUGUUUGCCAUGGUUAUUUCAGGAUUUUGAGCAUUUUCUGUUUUCACAGAAUAGAUCACUGGACCCACUGCUUUCUUUUCUCACUCAUGCUGUCUUGGGUAAGCACACACUGGGGCUCACUUGCUCAUGUUACUCAAGAACGUCCCUAACAAGUCUUCAUUUGACUCGACUGGGCAUCCAAUUGUGUGCAUGCACGUGUGUGUGUGUGUGUGUGUGUGUGUGUGUGUGUGCAGGUUUGUGCGCGUGAGUGGACAAAUGUAUGUGUAUGUGGCAAGCAGUUCCUCCAGCCCAGCCCGCCAAUCCCCUAAUGUUCAAAGACAUGAGUCCUGGUGUCGCCAUGCCUCAGUCAGAGCCCCUUUUUUGCAGUGUUACCUGUGCAUUUCUCCCUCAGGGUCUUCACCCCCUCCUGUCAUAUUGCCUGUGUCAUGGUGUGGUGUGGUAUUGUCCAGAUCACAUGGUUAUCCACUGUGAGGUACAUUUCUUUACUCGUGAUUCUUUAUUCUCCCUGCCACUCUAAUAUUUAAUUAUUUUUUGGAUAUUGUUCCUUGAAUCAUAUUUUUCAACUUUUGGAAGUCCUUCCUCUACCCUCUGUUGUGAGACAGUGCUUCACCAAAGAAAAGUUUUCAUCGCUCAGCAAUUGAAUUUUGUGCAGGAAGGUCAAAUUUACUUUAGUUAAUGUAAGUGAGACCCACAAAGGGGAAAGGAAAACAGAGGGUAAGAGAUUGGUUUUCCACAUGGCUUAGAUAUUAUGAUUCAUGCUAUGAUAAAGGCACUACACUGCUGCCAAGAAAAGGUUCCAUUGAUCCCAAAUGUUAAGCCAUUCCUUCUACUAAAGCAGAUACUGUAGGGAGCGAGGCAUGUUGCUGCUGAGGCACCUUGUAUGAAUGGUUCUGUUGAGUACCUAAUUUCCAAGUUCUGUUCAGUGUCUGGGGGAUGGUGUUGGACUCCUCUUUCUUGUAGGGACUCACCUGAUAUACUCUAUUGAUUCUCUCCUUACUGGACAGCAAUCAUGUACAUUAGUUUGUUGAUGUAUUCCACUGAAAUGAGACCAUCUUAGACGUAGCAUCUGUUUACUCCCUUGCAACACAUCAGUCACGUACUCAACAAUUACCUUGUGAAUCACCGGGUUUGAACUACUCCUUCUGAAUCAUCGUUAUUUUAGCCAAUCAUUGUUAGCAAUAAGCUGUGACUAGAUGGUACUUUUCACAAUCUUCCAUUCAGCUGAUGUAUCCUUCCCUCUGCGUCACAAGUUAGUACCCAGACCCCCGAGGAACAGUGUGACCCCUGAGACACUUCUCAUCCUCGCAACCUGAUAAUACCUCCUGUAAUACUUUGUUGAGCCAACCUAAGUCAGUCCUCUCAUGCAACUUAGGCAGUGAGUCAAUAUGCACCAACCGAUAAAAUAGUUUGUGUGACUUUUCAUCAUUGUUGUGAGGUGGUUGCAGCCAUCCCAGAGUGCCCCACCUUCAUGUCCCUGUGCUCAGGUGUUGGUAGGUUGCAGUUCCUUUGCUAACUCUUCAGAAAGAUACUCUUCUACCCCCCAACCUGGUAAAUGCUGUUCUCAUCUCAUGUGACUUUUGUAUUGCCUCCUUGAUGAAAUUACUUGCCUCCAUAUGCAAAUUGUUUCUUUAUAACAAAUUUUACUAUUUUAUAUAUAUAUAUAUAUAUAUAUAUAUAUAUAUAUAUAUAUAUAUAUAUAUAUAUAUAUAUAUAUAUAUAUAUAUAUAUAUAUAUAUAUAUAUAUAUAUAUAUUUUUUUUUUUUUAUUUUUUUUGUAUUGGAGAGCUUAACAUGAUUUUCUUGCCUGAGUCGUAUAUUGUAUGUACCCUAGUCUUUAAGUGAUGAAGUAUUCACAGAGGUGGUCGUCACUGCCCGGCUCACCGAAUUAACCGUUCUGAUGCACCUGGCGCGUGUCAGUCCUUGCUGCAUCAUGGGCUGUCCCAGUCACCAGGUGCAGGUUGGCUGCCGUGGUGGUUAGGGAGUGAGGCUUUAGUCUCUAGGCUCGGAAUCCCAGUGCUGCCCAGCAGUUGCAAAGCUGCAGAGUAUAAACAUUACAAUCACUAGGCUGCAGUAGUUUACAGUGUUGGAUCCUGUUUAUAGCUGUUUAUUUAGGCUGGUUUAGGAAUUCUUUGAUGCCUGCACCUUCCUGGAUAGCUUUAGUUCACCUGUAAUAACUUAUCUGAGAUAGAGUUAAGCUUGGUGAUCACCACGGCACCAGUUGAUGCUGUGUCUUGGAGCACAGGGGAGUGUGGGCACCAGAUUGGACUCACACCUGCCCUCACCCUGCUCAUCAUGAGUCUUUUCUCUUGUGAGAGAUGGACGUCUUACUCUUGUUACUCUCAUGUGUCAUUUGUAUGUUGUAACAAAGUAUUAACUUCAUGCAUUUAAUUUUUAUCAUAAUUGGGUACUGAACUAUUGGAACAUGUCAUUGAUAUCAUUUGUCAAAUGGCUGUUGGUUUUGUGUGAUGGCACUGAACACAGUGAUAGAAGUGAGUUGUUCUGUGGCUACACAGCAGAGUGGAAGUGUUGGAAUGGACUAGACAUGCAUCUGAUGCCUUGUUCUAAUGGACUUAAAUAUACCUUCAACUCCAGUAACUUUGGUAAAAAUAUUCAGAAAUCUGUGGGUUCUCAGAUGAGGGAAUGAACAGUGUAUACUUUAUGGCAUAUUUAGUACAAGGCAUAUACAUUUUAAUCUCUAGUUUGGAGAUAGUAAGUUAAGCUCAGGUUUUGUUCAUCAACUAUCCAGUUUCUGACCUUGCCUUAUUGUCCUAUUUUGGGAAUCCUGCAUGUUCAAAGGUCAUCUCCCCAUUACAGCAAAAAUGUAGUAAUAUCAUGGAAGCUGCAUAUAGCUGUUUGUAUUAAGUUGUAGUCUUGGGGAAAAAAAAAAAAGGAUUCAAAACACGCUAUAGGCGCACACUAAAUUUACCUUUCUUGGUCAUAAAGUAUUAUCAUUACCAUUGGUUUGAGCAGAAUGCAGUUUGGAGUAGAAGUGUGUACAACAGACUUGUUUGAAAGCCUGGGAACAUUUCUUCUCUGUCCAAGCCAGGGUAUUUCUGCUGUCCACAAGAGGAUGUUUCAGAACAUCUACAACUUUUACUCUGUUCUUAUGAUGCAAGCUUUCUAUUUUAAGUACUGUUGUUUGGGUGAUCAGCCAAUAUUAAUAUGUAGACAAUUCAACCUCUCUAUUUUGUAUCCUUUAAAGGUAUUUGAAGGUUAGGAGUAUGUAUUACCUAUGUAAGGUUAAGAUGCUGUUAGUUCUGUAAGAGGAAGAUAUAUGACUGGUCUUUGUUCAA